CUCACUGACCUUUCCUUCAUGGUACACGUCUUUGUCGGCUUGUAGGGGUUGAACCCUUCGACUGCAAUUGUUUGUUUGCCUGUUUUUUUUCGGCCCGCUCAAUUACCUGUACGCUGUUGAGGUCAAAUUGGUAGGCUUUCUUGAGUGUGGGCAGAGUAACGUGUGAGUGUGCCUUCUGCCGGGGAAACACAACAGCAGUAUCGGUUGCUUUCCAGGAAACACACAGUUCCAUUUUCUUGCCCUGAAACCGGCGGGUCAAGGAAGGGAGCGCCCCUGCCUCUAGACUUCUUCUAUGUUUUAGCCUGGAUUUUUGGGCCGAUUGAGUCUUGUCCGCGCUUAAAGCUUUGCCUUACACCUCGACAUUUAAGGAGAAACUGGCCAUCUACAUUGCGUAUUCAAAGGUUUGAUCGGCAGUUCGCGGAAAAACCGGUUCCCAGCUUCUGCUCUGUAACGAGAGAUGGGUUGCCUGGAUUUGGUCGCAGACUGCAUCACUUAACGUGAUGUAUUCAAGCAGUAGUCCAAUGACUCCAUAAGGUUGCUUGUUCUCCAUCGCCCUCAGGUAUUUCGUUUUGGCGCAUUGCCAAAGUCAGGCUUGUGUUUGUGUUGUCCAGUAUAAUUUUCAUGGAACCCGAAUGGCCGAUUUGGUAUGAAAUCGCCUAGAAGCCCCCGAGACUUCGUCACGUAUGUCGUCCUGUCCAAGACAAUACUAAGACUGACCUUCAGCCACCCCAUCGAUUCGUUUGCACAGCGCCUGCUAAGCGGAUGAGAGGCCGAUGUACCCAUUAAAAGCUGAAGCGCAUUUACUUUGCUUGGUUACCUCGGGUACUGCCCGCAUACGUGUGAUAUUAAAUCCUACUCCAUCUAUCUAACUCCAUCUAUCUUCCUACAGCCACUGCAAAUUGCGUUACAGGGUUCCUGCAAACAAAUAAAGACAUUCACAUUUAGAACCCUCAUUGGGUCUUAACGGAGACGCAGUGUUGAGGUCGUAAAAAAGUCCAUUUGUUAGUCUCUGAGACGCUUCCUCAAGUUUAUCCUCCCACCCAUAACGAUAGACCCGUGAAAAGACCCAAAUGUCCAAAACCCUAAAUUACCUUGCCUAAGGAUGAUCACAUAUUCAUCCCAUACUUCUCACUUUUCCUCAAGCUCCAGAUUAAAAGGCUGAUUCAUUAACAUUUUUCCGAUCAGCUGCCAAGACCUCCGGGUCACCCUGCUUGUCGAUGGUGGUGUCACGCAUAUGGAAAGUCACCCAGCAGGCAACCUAGAUCGGGAAAAGUGUCGUGCCAGCUGGAAUGUUCCCAUUGAUGGUACCGCCGCGCCAGCAACACCAACAGCUACCUCCCCCGUGUCUCCCCGCGCUGUCCUCAACUCUGGCCUGAUACGUGCCAAGUUUACUCUCUCCGCGGGCCCCGGUAAGCCUCAGCCGGUGGCCUUGCAGUUUUGUCGCGACGGUGGCGCUCUGCCCAGUGGAACCACAAUCACCCUGCGCUCGGAGGGUUACCGUCUCACCAUGUGCAAGUACCGUCUCCUGGGUGAUCGGUACUUUUGUGAUCCACCGGUUGCACCCCUGUCUCUCGCCUCAUCCGGGCGCGAGACGAAGCCGUCUGGCGGCCACUAG